GUCCCGCGGCCUUACAGUCCUACACAGUAUUAGCGGUGGUUGGGUAGAAUAGAGAGGGAAAGAAAAGGGGAGGCGGAGACACGGCCACGACAGAGACAUCAUCAUCAUGGCACCACUCGGACUAAAAGCCAUUGUGGGAGAAAAGAUUAUGAAUGAUGUCAUCAAGAAGGUGCACAAGAAGGGCGAAUGGAAGGUUCUGGUAGUAGACAAGCUAAGCAUGAGGAUGAUGUCAUCCUGCUGUAAGAUGACAGAUAUCAUGUCAGAUGGCAUCACCAUUGUUGAAGACAUUGGCAAGAAGCGAGAGCCUCUCCCCAGUAUGGAGGCCAUCUACCUAAUAACUCCCAAUGAUGAGACUGUGGAGGCACUCAUAGAUGACUUCAGAGACCCGCGGUCACCCAGAUACAGAGGAGCUCACGUCUUCUUCACUGACACAAUCCCAGAUACAUUGUUCAAUCUGUUGACAAAAUCCCGUGCGUCCAAAGCCAUGAAGACCUUAACUGAGAUCCACAUCGCCUUUCUGCCCUAUGAGUCACAGGUGUUUUCCCUGGACAAGACAGAUGCCUUCCAGGACUUCUACAGCCCCUACAAGGCUGACAUCAAGCACAACAUGUUGGCGCGUUGUGCUGAGCAGAUCGCCACUCUCUGCAACACCCUGAAGGAAUACCCUGGCAUCAGAUACAGAGGGGAGUACAAAGACUGUGCCACUCUGGCUCAGCUCCUGCAGGACAAGCUAGACGGCUACAAGGCAGACGACCCCACCAUGGGAGAGGGUCCGGACAAAUCUCGCUCUCAACUCCUGAUUCUGGACCGAGGCUUUGACCCAGUCUCUCCCAUCCUCCAUGAACUCACCCUCCAAGCCAUGGGCUAUGACCUGCUGGGCAUCGAGAACGACGUCUACAAGUAUGACACCAGUGGAAUGGGGGAGGUCAAGGAGAAGGCGGUGUUGCUGGAUGAGGAUGAUGACCUGUGGAUGAGUCUCAGACACAAGCAUAUUGCCGAAGUCACCACGGCUGUGACCCGCUCCCUCAAAGAAUUCUCAGCCACCAAAAAGAUGAACACAGGAGAGAAGACCACAAUGAAAGACUUGUCUCAGAUGCUGAAGAAGAUGCCGCAGUAUCAGAAAGAGCUAAGCAAGUACUCUACCCACCUCCACCUGGCUGAAGACUGUAUGAACCGAUAUCAGGGCACGGUGGACAAGCUGUGUCGUGUUGAGCAGGAUCUAGCGAUGGGUACAGAUGCAGAGGGGGAGAAGAUCAAGGACCCCAUGAGGGCCAUCGUACCCGUCCUGCUGGAUAAAGAUGUCACUGUCUUCGACAAGAUCCGCAUAAUCCUGCUGUACAUCUUCAUGAAGAACGGUGUUUCGGAGGAGAACCUCUGUAAGCUCCUCCAGCAUGCUAACAUCCCUCCUGAGGACAGUGACAUCAUCGCCAACAUGGCCCAUAUGGGCAUGCCCAUCAUCUUAGAGGGGAACCCAACCCGCAAAGUGAAAAAGACUGACCGGAAGGAGCGAGUGAGUGAACAGACCUACCAGCUCUCCCGAUGGACCCCUCUCAUCAAGGACAUCAUGGAGGAUGCCAUUGAGGACAAACUGGAUCCAAAGCAGUACCCCUACAUCUCCCAACGCACUGCAUCCACCCACAGCAGCGCUCCAUCAAGUGCCCGGUACGGUAACUGGCAUAAGAACAAGGGCCCCACAGAGAUGAAGACAGGUCCCCGAGUCAUCAUCUUCAUCAUCGGAGGCAUGACCUUCAGCGAGAUGCGCUGCGUCUACGAGGUCACACAAGCCAAUGGAAAAUGGGAAGCAAUCAUUGGUUCCACCCACACACUCACUCCCACCAAAUACCUAAAGGAGCUGCAGCACCCGGACUUCCUGGACCCCAACGCCGCCCCUGAGGAACCAGAGCCUGCCCCUGCAGAAUGAGAACACACACUGAGAAGAUCAACCAAUAUCUUCACCCCUACACGCCUUCUUCAAGCCCUCAAAGACAUGGAUAAGCAACAAGAUGUUUGAGCUGAACAGCUCCCUGGUUGCAGUUGUCCCUCUCCUAACCUCCAAACUCUCCCAACUGGCAUACAUGAAUAGUCAGGACCCAAGACAUAACAAGCCCUUCUACUCUACACAUAAGACUGAAGAAAACAAAUGGCAGCAUCUAUUUCUAGCAUAUCCAAGUCAUGUAUUCAGAUAUCAUGUUUCAAUAGAAUUACAUAAGAUCCCUCAAAACCAGAGUAACAAGAACCACAAUGUUUUAACUACUGUACACACACCCUUAAUGAUUGGAUGGAAGAGUAGAGAUUGUGUACACUGGAUAACUGUUGAUACUAUGAGCAGUAGAUGUAAACUGCCAUCUCAGGAUGCUGUAGUUGCACUUCCUUAAAAGGGACGCCAGUCAUAGAGGAGAUUAGAGUAGUGUAGUUGGAAAUUGAGGAAUUAUUUAGGCUGGUGUUUGGUGUAGAGUGCUCAUCAUAUUUCAGAUAGGAGUAGAAAGGCACCAAAUGUGAGGAUAGUGGGAUGGGAUCUAUGUAUAACAUUCCCCCCUCAAAAAUAUUUGCAAGAUUCCUGUGUUUCUAAGACUGUCUGUUUUUAGUGUCAUUAUAGUGUCAUUAUUUAGUGUCAUCUUUUGUCUCAUUGCUUGUAAACAUUUCCGGAACACUGAGCAAAAAGACCGAUUUACUUUCCAUAUUUUGAAAAACAAUUUUAGAAUUUGGAAACUUCAACCACCAUUUUAAAAAGAGAAACAUCUUCCGUCUCAUGCAAUCAGUAGUUAGUAGAAUAUAUGCCGUGCUGUAUCAAUGUUUUGACGGUGAUUAACCUGACUUUGGACAUGCCAAUGUGAAGCCACUGUACUCGUGGUCAUUUUAGCUGUAGUAAACAGUAUAGUAGGUGGACAGUGAUCAACCAUUGGAAGGUUCUUCCUCUAUUAGGUUAGUUGUCUGUCUCUGUUCAUUAACAUUAUGUCACUAUGUUGACUUGAUUUGUUAUUUCCUCUCCCUGUAGUAGUUGUGGUCAUUUGCGUUCCACUUUCCAGUGUUGACACUGUCAUGAUGCAAAAAAAUGUGUUGUCACUGCAGCUGUUGUUGUUGUAUAGUGAUUUGUUAGCUUUCCAUUAGAGUGAUCUGUUAUUUAUUAAGAGAUAUUAGUUCCUGUAAUAUCAGUAUAACUUAUCAGAAUUUGAUGCUUUGGAAGCGAUUUAUCACAAACCGUGCUCUUUCUGCAAAUAUCAUGUACAAAAGCUCCAAUAAAGGCUUCAAACAAAA